CUACUGAUGACAUUAUAGACAAUUAAGGUUCUGUUUUGUAUCAGUCUCAAGAGGAUCAUCUUUAUGAUGCUAUAAGAAGUGUAUUAAAAAGUUGAAAAUGAUGAGUCAGGAAUCCUAAGCUAUGAAACAACGAACUCUAUUUGUUGACAUAAGCAUUUGCCCCCCCUUAAAGUAGCUAUCAUCCCUGAUCUGGGAUCACUCAGAUAAAAAUUCAGAGAUGAAAUUUUAAUAUUAUCCUCUCCCACUUCCUCUUCUUUAUAUAAUACCCUCUUCUCUUGUCUAUUAAAUUCCUCCUUGAUCUCUCUCUCUAUUUAUAUAAUACCAGACACCCACAACACCCUUUACCUCUAAUAUCAAAAACUUCACAGUAAAUUGAGAGUUCUGCUGCCAUGAUUUUCCAGGGUGAGGAAGAAGAAGCAACAGAGAUAUCUUCUCUCAAUAACCAAGAUGCCGAAUCAAAAGUCUCCGACAAGGAUCAAACACGAGCUGAAGAUGAUAAUAUGAAGGAAUGGUUGAGUCUAGGCCUCAAUAAACAUCAGCCUGUUGCAGCUGCGGACUAUGAUCCUGUAUCAUUAUCAAAACCUGGUAGUGUUACUGCUAGUAACAGGGUAUUCUCAUGCAACUUUUGCAUGAGAAAGUUUUAUAGCUCACAAGCCUUGGGAGGUCAUCAGAAUGCACACAAAAGAGAAAGAGGAGCUGCUAAGAGGUUCCAGUCUCAUAGAAUGAUGAUGGCAAGUACAACAGCAGUAGGGCUCCCAUUCAAUCCUGUCUCGGUUAGAUCACUUGGCGUCCAAGCUCAUUCACUUGUACACAAGCCCAGCAGAGAAGGGACUAAUUUGGUAGCUCGAUUUGGGGAUGCAAAUGCAGGUUUUGGCUUGGCUUGGACACCGGUUAUGCUUGAAGAAGCAAUGGAUUUGGUCUGGCCAGGAAGCUUCCGUGUAGACAGAGAACAGGCUUCAGAUUUGCAAACGCUAGACUUAAAUCUAAGGUUGUGAUCAUGCCAUUUUAGCUCUCUCUCUCUCUCUCUCUCUCUCUCUCUCUUCCCUUUUUAAUCUUCUGUUUUCCUAUUAAUCUCGUCUAUGUAAUAAGCUAAAUUAAUGUGCACAUUCUUGAAAUAAAGAUACUAAUUUAGAAAGUGUAUGCUUAUGCAACUCCAGUUAAAGUUAUAUGUAGAAACCCAGGUUGGCAUGAGGUGAUCACAUAUAGCAAUCAAUUGUCCACUAAUGAUAGAAUCUUCUGUUAAUUUGAUUUUCCUAGGAAUUUCAUUAACAUGAUAAUAGUGGCAAGGCAAUAAAGAUUUUACUGCAAAGUGGGGGCAAUACUCCAAAAUUUUGCCAAGCAAAAGGAUCAAAAUAAGAAAUCAGCAAGCGGAUGUUCAUUGUUCAACUCUUGGAAAUUAUUCUGUUUUAGGUAAAGAAGCAAGCAUUUCAAGAAAUUUCAACCCAGAAAUGAAAAGAAGAGAAAUCUUAUGUGGCAUCAGCCGAAGUGUAACUUGGUUGAUGGGCCUUCUUGGACCAUUGAAAAAGAAAUAAAAAGUUGAUGAUCUGUCUAAUUUGGACCUCCAUAGAAUGUAU